CGUGACCCGGAAGUUCUUUAUUGUUGCUGAUGACACGCUGAUGUUGGUUAGCGUGCAUAAAGACACAUUUUACGCAUCUAGCUAUAUUGUUUAAGAUCUUGGUUUUACGUUCUACGUUAUUUGUUAGUUAGAGUAUAGAUAGCUACACAACCAACAGUUUGCCCAGCUAUCAACAUUACAUUCAGUAAUUGCAAAUCAAAUAUGCCACAUAAGCGUCGUUCCCCGUCUUGGACAGAGUUGAAAAAAGCAGGCAACGAAUGCUUUAAAACUGGACAGUAUGGGGAGGCUGUCUGUCUUUACAGCCAGGCGAUCAAAGAAGUGGAGAGGUCAGGAAAGAAUUCAGAGGAUCUUAGUAUCCUGUAUUCUAACCGUGCAGCCAGUUAUCUGAAGGAUGGAAAUUGCGGGGAGUGUGUGAAGGACUGCACAGUCUCUCUUGACUUGGUUCCGUUUGGCAUCAAGCCUCUCCUUCGCCGGGGUGCAGCGUAUGAAGCCCUUGAGAGAUACAGAUUAGCCUACGUGGACUACAAGACGGCCUUACAGAUAGACUGUCACAUACCUGCAGCCCAAGAUGGUACCAACAGAAUGACAAAGUGUCUGACAGAGGUGGAUGGACACUCAUGGCGAGAGAAGCUCCCACCCAUUCCCAUUGUUCCAAUGGCCGUCAAAGAAAACUUUUCUCAGGCAACAUGCCAAAUGGCACAACACAAAUGCACCAGAGAAAAAUAUACAUCUGUCCCAGGAGAGGAUGCCAUUAAAAAAGCCCUAUGCCUGAAAGAGGAAGGCAAUGCACUGGUGAAAAAAGCAGAGUACAAGAAAGCCAUAGAGAAAUACACUCAGAGCCUCAAACACAAUCCCUCAGAAAUCACAACGUACACAAAUAGGGCACUCUGCUACCUCUCUGUAAAGAUGUACAAGGAGGUAGUGCGAGAUUGUGAAGAGGCCCUGCAGCUCGACUCCGCUAAUAUCAAGGCACUGUACAGACAAGCUCAAGCACACAAGGAGCUGAAAGACUACAAAGCUUGCGUUGAAGAUCUCAACAUCUUGCUGAAGGUUGAGCCAAAGAACACAGCAGCACAGAAUUUACUGCUGAAAGUGCAAAAUAAAAAGUGAGCUUGUGAUUCAGAUGCCUGUGGAUGUGAAGGACCCUAUGCUGACCUGGUGUACAUGCCUGAAGUGCCUGAAUAGGUGUCUGGACCCUUCUGUGACAUGAAAUUUACAUUACAAUUGUUUUAGAUUUGGUUGUAAAAAAAUAAGUAUCUGUUAAACCCACUCAAGUUGGAGUAUUGCUGUGACUACUAAAGAGGAAGCCCAGUUAAUGCAUUGCAUAUUUAGCUUUCAUAUACAUCAUGCAAUCACUGCAUGAAACUGGAAAUAUAGCAUUCAACAAUUGUUUAAUAACAAGGACUAUGCAUCUGUACUGUAUUUCCACUAGUAUAAUAAGAGAUUGUUCGAUAAACAUGUUUCAUUUAUCUUAGUCAUGUCGUGAUCAAUAAAAUGACUGUUGUAAUUAAAGGGAUAAUUCACCCAAAUAACAAAAUUA